AUGGCCAGACACUCCAUCUUAUAUUUCAUCCUGCUGAGUGCUCUGAUUGACAAGGGCCAAGCCUGUUUCUGUGAUCAUUACCCAUGGACUCAGUGGUCCAGCUGCUCAAAAACCUGUAAUUCUGGAACCCAGACCAGACAGAGAUACAUCGUUGUGAAUCAGUACUAUCUGGAAAACUUUUGCGACCAGCUUUGCACCAAGCAGGAGACCAGAGAAUGUAACUGGCAAACUUGUCCUAUCAAUUGCCUCCUGGGAGAUUAUGGACCGUGGUCAGACUGUGACCCUUGUGUUGAAAAACAGUUUAAAGUUAGGUCCAUCUUGCGCCCCAGUCAGUUUGGAGGACAACCAUGUACUGAGCCCCUCAUGACCUUUCAACCAUGCAUCCCUUCUAAGCUCUGCAAAAUUGAAGAGGUUGACUGCAAGAAUAAGUUCCGCUGUGACAGUGGUCGCUGCAUUGCGAGCAAGUUGGAAUGCAAUGGAGAAAAUGAUUGUGGAGACAAUUCAGAUGAAAGGGAUUGUGGGAGAAAAAAAUCAGUAUGCUCACGGCAGUAUAAUCCCAUCCCUAGUGUACAGCUGAUGGGCACUGGGUUUCAUUUUCUGGCAGGAGAAGCCAGAGGAGAAGUCCUCGAUAACUCUUUCACUGGAGGAAUAUGUAAAACUGUCAAAAGCAGUAGAGCAAGUAAUCCAUACCGUUUCCCUGCCAAUCUGGAAAAUGUCAACUUCGAGGUACAAACUGAAGAAGAUGAUCUGGAAACAGAUUUCUAUGAGGAUUUAAUUUCUCUUGAUGAUAAUAAAGAUCAACAAAGUUUAGCUAUGGGCCAAGAGGAGAGCUCUUUUCAUGUACCAAUUUUUUAUUCCUCAAAGAGAAAGCGAAGCAGCACCCAUAAUUCUGCCUUCAAACAAGCCAUUCAAGCCUCCUACAAAAAGCACUCAGCCCCUGCCAGCACUGGCAGAUUCCCAUCUCAGGCAGGGGCACCCAGGGCUGAUUCCCAAGGAGGCUUUGGCAUGGGCAACGCUCAGGAACCUGGAACCUAUGCAGGGAGAGGAGGCCUUGGAUUGAGGGAAUACAACUCUGCUUUAUACAGCCGGAUAUUUGAUGACUUCGGGACUCACUAUUUCACCUCUGGCUCCCUGGGAGGCGUGUAUGAUCUCCUGUAUCAGUUUAGCAAGGAAGAACUAAAGAACUCAGGUCUAACGAAGGCAGAAGCCCAAAACUGCAUCCGGGUUGAAACAAAGAAACGCUUCCUUUUUUUUACGAAAACAAAAGUGGAAGACCGGUGCACCACUAACAAGCUGUCAGAGAAAUAUGGAGGUUCAUUUAUUCAGGGAUCAGAGAAAUCCAUAUCCCUGGUUCAAGGCGGGAGGAGUGAGUAUGCAGCAGCUUUGGCGUGGGAGAAAGGGAGUUCUGGUCCAGAAGAGAAGACAUUUUCUGAGUGGUUAGAAUCAGUGAAGGAAAAUCCUACUGUGAUUGACUUUAAGCUUGCUCCCAUUACAGACCUGGUAAGAAAUAUCCCCUGUGCGGUGACAAGACGGAACAACCUCAUGAGAGCUUAUCGAGAAUAUGCAGCCAAGUUUGACCCCUGCCAAUGUGCUCAAUGCCCUAAUAAUGGCCACCCCACGCUCUCAGGGACUGAAUGUCUGUGCAUGUGCCAGAGCGGCACCUUCGGUGAGAACUGUGAGAGGCGCUCUCCGGAUUACAAAUCUAAUGCUGUAGACGGGAACUGGGGCUGCUGGUCUUCCUGGAGCACGUGUGAUGCUACUUACAAGAGAUCGAGAACCCGAGAAUGCAACAACCCUGCCCCCCAGCAAGGAGGGAAAAGCUGUGAGGGGGAGAGGCGGCAAGUGGAGCACUGCACAUUUUCCAUAAUGCAGAACGAUGGACAACCAUGCAUCAGUGAUGAUGAGGAAGUGAAAGAAAUAGACCUCCCUGAAUUAGAAUCAGAUUCAGGGUGUCCUCAACCAGUCCCUCCAGAAAAUGCAUUUAUCCGGAAUGAAAGGAAACUGUACUCCGUUGGGGAAGAAGUUGAAAUCAUAUGCCUUACUGGUUUCAAACCUGUUGGAUACCAGUACUUCAGCUGCUUACCAGACAGAACCUGGAGGCGAGGAGAUGUGGAAUGCCAACGGACAGAGUGCCUCAAGCCAGUGGUGCAGGAAGUACUGACACUGUCACCAUUUCAGACAUUAUAUAAAAUUGGUGAAUCCAUUGAGCUAACCUGCCCCAGAGGCUUUGUUGUUGCUGGGCCAUCAAGGUACACAUGCAGUGGGGAUUCCUGGACACCUCCCAUUUCAAGCUCACUCACCUGUGAAAAAGAUACCUUGGAACUCUUAAAAGGCAAUUGUCAACCAGGACAAAAACAGUUGGGAUCUGAAUGCAUUUGCAUGUCUCCAGAAGAAGACUGUGGCCUUUAUUCAGAAGAUAUCUGUGUGCUUGAUACUCGCUCCAGUCAUCACUUUACUUCAACCGCUUGUAAGUUUUUGGCCGAGAACUGUUUAAACAAUCAGCAACUCCAUUUUCUACAUAUUGGUUCAUGCCAAGAUGGUCCACAGCUAGAAUGGGGUCUUGAAAGGACAAAACUUUCAUCCAGUAGCACAAAGAAAGAAUCCUGUGGCUAUGACACCUGCUACGACUGGGAAAAAUGUUCAGCUGCCACCUCCAAGUGUGUCUGCCUAUUGCCCUCCCAGUGCUUCAAGAGUGGAGACCAGCUCUUCUGCGUCAAAAUGGGAUCAUCAAUGAGCCAGAGAACAGUGAACAUCUGUGAAGUAGGAGCUGUCAGGUGUGCCAACAGGAAAGUGGAAAUACUGCAUCCUGGCAGGUGUUAG